GCCAUCCACUACAAAAACGUCUUCCACGCUGGCUACGUCAUCGCCAAACACGACGGACUCCUCGCCCUCCAAGCCGGCCUGGUUCCAGGCCUGUGGUUCCAACUGGUCCUCAACGGGUACCGUUUUGAUUUUGGACGACAAAGGCUAUAUGAAGGACCAAAAGGGGAAUUUGGUGUUUUACAAAAGUGUGCUGAUUGGGGGGUUUGCGGGGGCUUCGGGGGCCUACAUCGCGAGCCCUUUUUAUCUGAUUAAGACCCAUUUGCAGUCUCAAGCCUCCAAAGAGAUCGCGUUUGGGCACCAGUACCACUACAAAGGGACGUGGUCGGGCCUUUGGGGGAUUUUCAGGGAUCAAGGGCUGAAAGGGCUCUUCCGGGGGAGUUUUUCAGCAGUACCACGAGCCUUCGUUGGGUCGACUUCACAAUUGACCUCAUUUGCGUAUUGUAAGGAGUUCAUGCGGAAGUAUGGGAUUUUGACCAACUCACCCCUUUUGAUGACCUUCACGGCGAGUAUGGUGGGAGGGGUUGCGAUCAGCUUCAUGAUGACGCCCUUUGAUCUAGUCUCCACAAGACUCUACAAUCAAGGGGUUGAUAAGGCGGGUCAAGGGCUAUUGUACAAGGGUUACACCGAUUGUGUUUUGAAAAUUUGGAAAACUGAAGGGUUUUUAGGGUUUUAUAAGGGUCUAGGGCCCAGUUAUUUCAGGCUAGGGCCACAUACCGUUUUAUGUCUGGUGUUUUGGGAUGAAUUUAAGGAAUUGUAUCAGCGAUUUAAAUAAAUUUUUAAAUUUUA